AUGGAUAUAUGUAUAAGUCAUCUUUAUAAUAGACAAAUAAAAAAAAACAUUUUACAGGAUUUAUUUUACAAAUUAGAGAAUUAUGAUAAUGAGGAUUUUUUAUGUUUUGAUGUAAAUUCGAGUGGAAAUGUUUUAGUUGUGAGUACGAAAAAUAAGUUUUAUUUUUUCCAUAUAAUAACAGGUACAUUAUUAUAUGAGUAUUGUUAUUAUAAUGAGGAAGAAAAGAUAGAAAGGAAAUCGGAUAUUUCUGAUGAAAAAUUAACUAUUCAGGAGAAUUAUCCACGUUGUCAGAUAAAUUAUGAUGAACAUAAUAAAAAGGAUGAAGAGCGAGAAAAAAAUGUGAGUACAUAUGAAGGUGAUGAGUUGGAAGGCGAAUAUGUUAAUGUGAAAAAUGGAACAAUCAUAGAUUAUAAAAAUUGUGAAAUAAAUAAUAGUGAUCAAAUGGUAUGUACUACCACUACUACGACUACGAAUAAUAAUAAUAAUAUAAAUAAUAUAAAUAAUAUUAUUAAUAAUAAUUGUGAUGAAGUGAUUUAUCAUAAUAGUUGUAGUAAUAAGAGUAAUAAUAAUGAAGAAAUAAUAUGUCUUAAUAAUAAUAUAGGUGACAUAAAUUUUAAUAAAGGGGAACAUACUUUUAAUAUAAAUAUGCACAAUUAUAAUAAUAAAUCAAAAGUAGAACUUAAAGAAGAGGACGAAGAAGAGGACGAAGAAGAAGAAGAAGAAAAAGAGGGAGAGAGACAGGAAGAGGGACAGGCAAAGGGACAGGCAGAGGGACAGGCAAAGGGACAGGCAGAGGGACAGGCAAAGGGACAGGCAAAGGGACAGGCAGAGGGACAGACAGAGGGACAGGCAGAGGGACAGACAGAGGGACAGGCAAAGGGACAGGCAGAGGGACAGGCAGAAGGACAGGCAGAGGGACAAGCAAAGGGAAGUAUUAAAAAAAAUAGCGAUAUCCAAAUUAAUGAUGAAGAUAUAAAAAAUUAUAAAACAAUUGAAGAUAAUUUUAAGGAAAAUAAAAUUUGUUCUGCGAAUAAUAAAAAUCCUCUUUUGAAUAAUAAAAGGAAGUUUUCUAAAUUAAAAAGUACGAAUAUGAAAAAACCAAAAAAGAAAUAUAAAUAUAAGCAUAAAAAUUCAUAUAAUAAAAAUAUGAAUAUAGAUGAUAAGAAUAAUGUAAAGAAUAAAAAUAAUGAUAUUAAUUAUUAUAAAAGAAAUACAAUGGACGAUUGUUGUGAUGAAAAUAAAUAUAUUAAAAAGAUGUUAUUUAUAAAAAAUGAUAAAUAUUUAUUAUGUAUAUCAAAAAGAUAUAUUCAUAUUUAUAAAAUAAAUAAAUAUCCAAUAAAGAGAAUAAUAUAUUUGGAUUUAUUAUAUUUAUGUUGUGGAAUUGAAACUAUAAUAUCUAAGAAAUUAUUUUUGCCUUGUUUCUUUUCUGAAUAUUUUUAUUCUUUAUAUAAAGAAAAUGAAAAUGAUACAAAGAAUGAGGAAAAUAAAAUAUGUAAUGAGAAAUGUACAGAUGUAUUUCCCAAUCAGCAUAUGGAAAAUUGCGAAGAUAUGAAGAGUGUUCCAUAUAUAAAAGAUUAUGAUAAUAUAAAAAUGGGUGAUAAAAAAGAAUAUAAAAAGGUAGCUAUUUCAAAAGAGACAAAUAAAAAGGAUAGUUUUAAUAUGAUGGAAGGAAAAGAAAAUAGUCAUUUAGAUAUUUUUAAAAAUUAUUACAAUUUAUAUAACAGUUUGAAUUUUACAAAAGUACGAAACUUUGAUAUAUGUGAAAUAAAAUUUAUGAAUUUACAAAAGAAGAAAAUAAGGUGGACAAAUAAAAAGGUGAAUAAUAAUAUAAAUGAUUAUGCGGAUAACCAUAUAAAUAAUCAUAUGGAAAAUCAUAUAAAUAAUCAUAUGGAUAAUCAUAUAAAUAAUCAUAUGGAUAAUCAUAUAAAUAAUCAUAUGGAUAAUCAUACUGAUAAUCAUAUAAAUAAUCAUAUGGAUAAUCGUACUGACAAUCAUAUGGAUAAUCAUACUGACAAUCAUAUGGAUAAUCGUACUGACAAUCAUAUGGAUAAUCGUACUGAUAAUCAUAUGCCAUGUGAACAGUGUAAUAGAAAUUCUUAUGAGGAAAAAACAAUAUAUAUAAUAGAUAUGAUAUUAUGUCUUAAAGAACAAAUACCAUAUUUGAGCAGAAUAUAUAUAUAUGAAAAUAUGCAAGUACAAAAUAAUAAUAAUUCUUUAAAUACAUUUUGUGAAAUAUUUAUGAAUAAUUAUAUUGUAGACAUCGAUAACACGUUUCCUUUAAUAUCGAUUGAUCAAAUGAAUGAUAUUAUCCAAGAAAAUGUAAAAGAAAAGUAUUUACAUGUGAAGAAAAACGCUGUUUUAUAUUCUCAACAAAAUAUAAAUAUUAUGGAUAGGAUAUGUUAUCCUAAUAUGGGUGUAGAGAAUGUUGGAAGGUACAAUAAGAAUAAAGAAAAUGCAAACGUUCAAGAAAAUAAUAAUAAUAAUAAUAAUAAAAAUAAAAAUUAUGGUGCUGACAACAACAAUAAUAAUAAUAAGAAGAAUAAUAAUUAUAAUAAUAAUGAUGAUGAUGUUCGUUCGUAUAAUAAUUUAUUAGGAUGUAAUAAUUUUAUUGAUAAAAAUAUGUGUGAUAAUAAAGAGGGUAAAAAAGAAAGUGAGAAAGGAACAAAUUCUACUUCAAAUAAUACUAAAAAUGAUUUAAAUAUUCAUGUAAAAAAGGACAGGAAUAAUAAUAUUUAUUAUGAAAAAGACAAUAAUUAUAUGAUUAAUAUAUAUGAAAAGUUUGAAAAGAAUCGGAAACAUCUAAAGAAAUUAUUAAACACAAAUUUCCCCGUUUGUAUUUAUAAAAAAAUUUGUAAAAGAAGAUCAAAGGAAUUACCAACAGCUUUAAAUAUUUAUGACAGUCUGGAUAUGUUACUAAAAAUGAAUAGCCAAAAGGAAAAUGAUGCAAGUGAAAUUGAUGAAGAUAUAAAAGAAAUAAAUGAACAAGAAAUUGAUAAAAUGGUACCAAUGAAUGAAGAAAAAAAUAUUUUUAAAAAAUUCAAGGAUCAUUUUGUUAUUGAUUAUUCUGGUAGGGUAAAUAAUAAUAGUUUUACUUAUCCAAGUAUAUUACUAAGAAAUAAAAAUGCCUUAAAAAAUUUAAACAGAAAUGUUAAUGUUGAUAAGUAUAAGCGGUAUAUAUUUUUAGGUAUCCAUUCAUUCCUCUUUGCUUUUGAAUUAUAUUUUGUAAAAGGAAAAAAUAAAGGAAAAGAAAUAGAAAAAAAAAACAAAAAAGGGCAACAUGAAUAUGGCUAUGAAGAACACGAAUGUGGUGAUGAAGAACAUGAACAUGGUGAUGAAGAACACGAAUGUGGUGAUGAAGAACAUGAACAUGGUGAUGAAGAACAUGAACAUGGUGAUGAAGAACAUGAAUAUGGUGAUGAAGAACAUGAAUGUGGUGAUGAAGAACAUGAAUGUGGUGAUGAAGAACAUGAAUAUAGUGAUGAAGAACAUGAAUGUGGUGAUGAAGAACAUGAAUGUGGUGAUGAAGAACACGAAUAUGGUGAUGAAGAACAUGAAUAUAGUGAUGAAGAACAUGAAUAUCAUAAAGAACAACAUAAUAAUAUUAAUGGGUCCCAUAUGGGUACCCAUGCAAAUUCGUCUAACCUAUUUCCAAAUAAUAAUUAUGUUUAUAAAAAGUUAGAACAUAUGAAAAAGGAGAUAUAUAAUAUAAAGAAUAAAUUUUUUUCAAUAAUAAGAAAGAACCGUUGUGAGAAAAGCAUAAAAAUAAAAUACUUAUUUAAAAUAUAUUUAGGUGUAACAACCCCUUUAGAAAUUGUUAUGAGAGAAAAAGGAAAUAUACUGAGUAUAAGAACUUGUGAUAAGGUAUUUUUAUUUAAAGUUAAUUAUAAGUAUAAUAUUUAUGAUUGUAAUAUUUUGGAUGGUCAUAACAAAAUGUUUUCAUCAUGCAUAUGUGAAAAAAAUGAAAAUAUAAAAGAAUAUAAUAAUAUGAAUAUAUUGGAUAGUAAUUAUAAUAAUGUGGAUAAUAUUAUAAAUAAUAAAAGUCAUCAUAAUAAUAAAAGAAGGAGGUAUAUAUUUAGUUCCAUUGAUGAAAUACGAUCAUAUCAUACCAUUCAUAAUCCGAUACAAAAAGAAAUAUAUGAAUUAUGUUGUUUUAGUGAUGAUAUUUAUCAAUCCUAUUUACUUGUAAUAACAUUAAGAUCAGGAGUACAUACAUUAUAUAUUUAUAAUUUAAAAAAUAUUGAUUUACAGAAUGCUGUUAAGGUUAAUAUUUCUGCGUAUAAAGGAUUUAAACAAAUAAAAUGGACUAAAUGUUAUGACAUGUUAAUAUCUUUAUCAAAUAUAGGAAAUAACAUAUUAGUAUUAAAAAAUAAACAUUUAAAUAACUGGAGUUUUUUUAUUUCUGAUUUUGAAUUAAUAGAUUCGAAUAUUGAAGUUAUUGAAGAUGAUAACGAAUUUGAUAUAAUAGAAAAUAUCCAACCGAAACAUAAAAAUAUGGAAGAUAAUAUAUGGAAAUAUAUAAUUAUAUAUUUAAAUUUAUUUAUUAAAAAUAAUGUAUUUAUUCAAAAUUUAGUGCAUCCAUCUUCUCUUUUUCCUAUUUUAUAUACAGGUUAUUAUAUUAAUAGUCCUAAGUAUUUUUUUUAUAACUUAUCUUAUGAUUUAACAAAACAAAAUUUUUUAACCUAUCAUUCAGAUGAUGAGGUUGAUAAAUGUAGUAAACCAAAAUAUGUAAAGGAUAGAGAUAAUUGUAAUGAAUUUGUUAAUAUAAAGGAACAUGUGGAAUCAUAUACGAAUACAUACAAAGAAAUAUAUACAAAUAUAAAUGAAGAGAUGAAUCAUAUGGAAAAGGUAAAUUUACAAAUUAAAGACAAUUCAAAUAAUAUUGAAUUAAUAACAACCUCUAUGAAAUAUUAUUUGUAUUACAAAAAUAUUAUUAACUUUUCAAUAUGA